GGGUGCACGUAGAUUCGCCGUUUCCUUGGCAACAACAUUACGUUCGCUGAUUACCAACGAUUUAAGCAACAUGUACGUUCAGGAGCGAAGCGUCCACAGCUGUGCAGAGAACAUCAUAGAAAUGGCUGAUACAGACGAAGAAGACUUUGCUAUUUCCAGCUACUCUUCUGCAGACACAGCCUUCGACAGUGUUGUUGGCUGUAUCGAGGACAUCAUCCUGGAUGAUGAGUUUCAGCAGCUUCAGCAGAGCUUCAUGGAUAAACACUACCAGGAGUUUGAUGAUUCUGACGAGAACAAGCUCAGCUACACGCCCAUCUUCCGUGAAUAUGUUGACCAGCUGGAGAAAUACUUGGAGCAGCAGCUGAUGGAGAGGAUCCCCGGCUUCAACAUGGACAACUUCAUAGAACUACUCAUGCAGCGCAAAGAGGAGGUGACAGGGGACAUCUUUGACAUGUUGCUGACGUUCACAGACUUCAUGGCCUUCAAGGAGAUGUUUGUGGAUUACAGAGCUACGAAGGAGGGCCGAGGUGUGGACCUGGGUGAAGGACUGCUGGUCAAGUCUCUGAUCCCUGGAGACUCCAAGAACAACAGCUGCACUAAAUGACGCUCACACACUCACACAUCAGGCACUUGAAUUGCCUCUUUUUUUUCUUCCAUAUGUGGAUGUAAAGUUUUGUUCUUUGGCCUUCAGAAAAGUGUUAACUUUAGGAUCCUCUCCCCAUUAAUCCACUGUCUGUGCACACAUUUAGCCUGAUGGUGAAUGCUCCUGUGUUUGAUGUGCUGGUUUCUGCAUUAGCUACGACUGAAUGUUCUGAAUCUUCUCUCUUUGCCUGGUGUUUUUUUCACGAGAAAAUAACUUUGUAGACCUAAUAUAUGUUUUAAGAAUAUUUAAAUUAUUUGGCCAGUUUGAAAACUCAUCACAUUGAGUUGUUAAUGUACAUAGUGAUGGUGUGCACUCGUGCACGUCUGCAGUUAGUUUCAGUGCGAUGUUGAAGUGUUUUCUACAUGUUUUAUUAUGACAGUUUUGGUGAAUUGUCACAUUUGUUCGUAUGAAAAGAUAUUUUCAAAUAAACAAGUAAAAAAAGCCUUA